AGUGUCUGACAGUCUUCACGAUCGUUCGUCGUACAGUUGGAUUUAAGGGUUGGUGUUAAGAGCGAUUAUAUUUGACGGGAUUUACGCGUCUAAAUUUGUCCGAUAUGCCGCCUGUCGACAGUUCCCCGAGAGGAAACAUGGGCGGAUUUCAGCAAAUAUGUUCGCUAAAAGUCAACGAUACGAUUCCGUUCCAUAUGUACAGAUCCACGAAUACCGGCAUUACAAUUUGUAUCGCAGAGGUAGAUGGACCAGUUGUCAGCGGCUAUUUUAACCUGGUCACCGAAGCAUUUGAUGAUGAUGGUCUUCCUCACACAUUGGAACAUCUUAUCUUCUUGGGGAGCGAGGAGUAUCCUUACAAGGGCCUGUUGGAUCUCUGGGCUAAUAGAUGCCUUGCAUCUGGCACUAAUGCUCAUACAUGUUCGGAUCAUACUUAUUAUACUAUGACAACAGCUGGUAGCGAAGGAUUCCUCUCCUUAAUGCCAAUAUAUCUUGAACAUAUUCUUUAUCCUACUCUUCCGGAUGCAGCGUUUCUUACAGAAGUACAUCAUAUCACUGGUGAAGGAAAAGAUGCUGGUGUAGUUUACUGUGAAAUGCAAGGUAAAGAAAAUACAGGAGAAUGUAUAACACUUACAGAAUUAUCAAAAGCGAUGUAUCCUGGGAAAUGUGGAUAUAAAUCUAAUACUGGAGGCGCGUUGAAAAACUUGCGAGAAAGUACUAAUAAUGAGAAAGUUAGACAGUAUCAUAAGGAUUUUUAUAGACCAGAAAACUUGACUGUAUUUAUAGCAGGUCAAGUAAAACAUGCUGAUGUUUUCCAAGCAUUAAUGCCCUUAGAACAAAAAAUAAUAUUGAAGGGAAAAAGGGGUUCAUUUAAAAGGCCUUGGCAGACUGUAGUUGAACCACUUACAAAAAGUAUGGAUCUAGAUGUCUAUUAUCCAUGUGAUGAUGAAGACAAUGGAAUGGUUUAUGUAGCUUGGCGAGGACCUUCUACAGUAUAUGAAGUGUAUGAUUAUCUUGGUUGUUGUUUGCUUUUGAAAUAUCUUACUGAUACAUCUGUCAGUCCGCUGCAGAAGGAAUUUGUCGAGAGAGAUGAUCCUUAUGCCAGCAAUGUGGAUUAUGAACCAUAUGAAUUUUCGACUUCAGCCUUGAGCUUUAUGUUUGAAAAUGUGCCGAAAAGUAAAAUUCCUCUGCUCAAGGAUUCUUUGCUGAAAGUAUUGAAUGAUAUCUGUUGUGUUGGUAACAUAAACAUGAGAAGAAUGAAGGCUGUAAUCCAUAGAAAUAUUCUUGAAACUCUUAGUGCCUUGGAAAACGAUCCGCAUGAUACAAUUGCAGCUAUGCUCUUUGGGCAUAUAUUGUAUGGAAAUACAGAUGAAGAUCUUGAUCAGAGAUUAAACAGUAUACGCGAUCUAAAGAAAUUAAAAAAUGAGCCUGAAUCAUAUUGGGUAAAUCUUCUUAAAAAAUAUUUUAUUCUUGCACCAAUGAUUGUUGUGAAAGGCAUACCUAGUAUAGAAAAGCAACGCACGUUAACUCAAGAAGAGGAGAAACGAAUAGCCAAACAGAUAGAAAAAUUGGGAACUAAUGGUUUAGAGCAAAAAGAGAUAGAACUUCAGCAAGCCAUUAAGGAAAACGAAAAACCUGUACCCGAUGAAGUAUUAGCAAAUGUGCCUAUACCUAGCACAGAGUCCAUUAAUUUUCAUCAUAUCAAAAGUUACACGACUGAAACGUCCGAACAGCAUUCUAGAUUAGAUGUCACUAAACUGCCAUUUUUUACCUAUUUAGAUCAUGUUAACACAAACUUUGUUUAUCUAUUUGUCGUUAUGGACACUGCCUCUAUUAGUAGAGAAUAUAGAAGAUAUAUUCCAUUAUUGUUGGAAGUUAUUAUGGAAUCUCCAGUGAGAAGAGAUGGCCAACUAAUUCCUUAUGAAGAAAUAGUAGCCAUAUUGGAAGCUGAUACUAUAGGCACUGCUACACAAAUUGGCUUUAAUAAUUCCACAAGAUUCUCAUGUGGAUCCUACAGUCAUAGUAUUUACUUAAUGCUUCAAAUUGAAUUAGAAAAGUAUGAGAAAGGUGUACAGUGGAUUAAAGAGCUUUUGUAUGAUACUGAAUUAACAGUUGAUAGAUUAAAAGUAAUAGCAGCAAAAAUGGUAAAUGAUGUGGCCCAACUAAAGAGAAGGGGACAUAAAGUAGUGGGCGAUUUAAUGAAAGGAAUAAUAUACAAUAAAGAUAGCAAUCCUUUUACAUCCAGUAUGUUACGGCAACAAAAAUUUCUUACUGAUAUGAUAGAACGUUUGAAUGAUAAUGUAGGCCAAAAGGAAGUUAUAGCAGAAAUCGAAUCGGUCAGAAAAACUGUAACAUCAUUGAAAAAUAUGGUUUUAUAUAUAGCUGUUAAUGUCGAUAAAUUAACGGUGCAAGUUCCAGACGUCUAUGCCCCAUGGAAUAAAUUUUUUUCUGAUGUGGCAACAUCAGAGAAGGCAAAACUUAAUGUUACUGCUGACUGGUUAUUGAUGAAUCCUGCAGAGGAUAUUACUCUCAAUGGUUGUGUCACGGGAUUGGGAUGUAUAGAAUCUUCAUUCUUUUGCCAGACUUGUCCAGGUAUAAGCGAUUAUCAGAGUCCUGAUCUGCCAGCUUUGGCUGUCUGUUUGCAGUAUUUGACACAAACGGAGGGACCCAUGUGGAGGUUAAUCCGAGGACAGGGACUUUCAUACGGAUACAGUAUUUAUCCUAAACCAAAUGAAGGACUAUUGUAUCUGACUCUUUUUAAAGCUACAAAUGCGGUAGCUGCAUACAAGGAGACGAAGUCGAUAGUAGAAGCGCAUCUUGCUGGCGAUAAAUGGGAAAAGCUGCUUUACGAAUCGGCGAAAUCAUCUUUGAUUUUCGAGAUUAUUGAACAAGAAAAAACUAUAGGUGAUAUUGUAACUCAAUCGUUAUUGUCCUAUUUUAGAAACGUGCCACAUGAUUAUAAUCAUCAAAUGGUGCGACGUAUUGCCGCCGUUACUAUGGAUGAUGUGACUCGUGUGGCGGCUUUGUAUCUCAAGCCAUUGUUUGAUCCAAAAAAAUGUAAAACUACCAUAGUAUGUCAUCCCUCGAAAGUCGCAGAAAUAGGCGAGGCUUUUAAAGAAAUGAGUCAAAAUCUUAAACUGUACAAUUGCCUUGAAGAAACAUAUUUAAGUGAGUGGUGAAAGGAGAUUAUCCAUUAAUUCAAAUCUUGAAAAGCAUAUUUUAUAUGCUUAAUUAAUUAAAAAUAUAAUUCAUACUUUACAUUCUUUUUCACAAACAUUAUCAAAUUGAAUUUGAUAAGUUUUGGAAGAAUUUAGAAAAAUACAUGCAAAAAUCUCACAAUACAUAAUAUUAAAAA